AUGUACGGGAGGAACCCUGUCCCAGUUUUCCAGUCGAGAGGCUUCUCAUCUGAGCCGCUUUCCCAGGGAUCUGGCAUGUCUCUUCAUAGUGCCAAAUCCAUCUACAUGCAAAGGAAGGGAUAUUCAGAAUCAAUCGGCAGGCAAGACCACUUUCAGUACAGAGUAGAGCACCUGUUCACCUGUGUGUUAGAUGGCAGAGAGGUGAGCAGCACUGAUGACUGUGUGAACAGGUUAAAGAAUAUGGACAGUAAAGGGAAAGUGUGGGGUCAGGAUAUGAUGCUGCAGGUCCACGCCAACCAGCUACAGCUAUGUGAUAUAGAGACCAUGGUUUUGGAGUCUGUGCGCUUAAGCAUCCGAGCGAUGAGAGCUGUUCUGGACAGUUGUGUGUUUGACUCCCUUCUCAUUAUCUCAGUUCAGGAUUUUGGCCAGAGAGCUUCACAGGCCUUCCUGUUUCAGUGUGAGGAGAUUGGGGCUCAGGAGGUGGAAAAUGAUCUGGAAAAGGCAAUGCAGCAAGGAGGGGUUACCAUUCCACUGCUUAUAGAACCACAGAUGGACAUCAGGAGCCAUUUGGAAAGGAUGAUUGGUUGGGGUUAUCCAGGGAGCAUGAACAGACCAGCUGCAUGCAGUCAAACCCUACUCCCCCAGAAUUCCCACUUUCUCUGUACAGCAACUAUGAAGACUAUGAUGGUGAGUCAGUAUCCUCCCAACAUCCCUCCCACAGUGCUGAGUCCACUGCUCACAGGAAAAGCUCUACAUCUCCUGGGAAAAUGUAUCACACCAAAUGAGGACGUACUGUGGGGAAGUUUGGGUGACGCUUGGAGCAUACCAAGGUCUUCUAUUAUACAAAAUAUGUUCUUUACAGAUUAGUAAACAAAGGAGAAAAGUUCAUGAUUUUUCUGUAUUUGUUUU